GUCAGCAAGGUGAUUUGACACACCCUCAAAUUUCAUGAGAGGUCCUGGUACUCAGUACACCAGUGUCUCUAGCUCCAGAUCUGUAUGCAGGAAGUCCUUUUUUCUGUGUGAAGUGUUAACCUGGGACAUUUUGCUGAACUUGCUCUGGGUAGUUUGAUACCCAAUGUUCACCAUUACUUUGCCAUCAACCCUAGUUUUAACAUCCUGGUAAUGUUAAAGGGGCAGGGGAAAAAGGUUUUUAUUUCAAGCCACAGGGGAGGUCUUGGAUAUAUCAGUUCAGCUUCACUGAUAUAUAUAUCAGGAAGAAUGAUAUUGAUGCAGAGAAACAGCUGUGCAUUCAUCUUCAUCUAUAGGAUAAGACUAUUGCGAGAGAAUUGGACGGAACAGCUUUGAACCCCAAAAGCCCCUCUGUACCUCUCUUGAGAUGUACGUCUUCCACAGAGCCAUAGUAUAAUUCAGGAGAACAAACUGUAUUGGAGACCCCUGAAGCAAAAAGUUUAAGGCAUUGGUGAGACACAAUGCCUUCAGUUCCUCCAGAAGGAGAAAUGGACACCAGUUCCUGCUCUCACUUCUCUGCUAAAUGCCUGCUGAACGGAGGGCUGGAGAAGGAGCCCUGUAACAUCAGUGAGGAGAGAGAGUGGAUCCGACCUGACACCCCUAGCAAAUGUACUUGGGAGCUGGGGAAACCCCCCUCUGAAUCCCCUCAUUAUCACCCCACUUUGCCAAAGUCUCCAAACAUACUACCAAACAUUCUGAGGAAAAUUGGUGAUACUCCUAUGGUACAAAUCAACAGGAUCGGAAAGUUCUUUGGACUCAAGUGUGAACUCUUGGCGAAGUGCGAGUACUUUAAUGCUGGGGGGAGCGUGAAGGAUCGAAUCAGCCUGAGGAUGGUGGAGGAUGCGGAAAGAGCUGGGAUUUUGCAACCUGGGGACACGAUCAUUGAGCCAACAUCAGGAAACACAGGAAUUGGGCUGGCCCUGGCUGCUGCAGUGAAAGGCUACCGCUGCAUCAUUGUGAUGCCAGAGAAAAUGAGCAUGGAGAAGGUGGAUGUUCUGAGAGCUCUUGGUGCUGAGAUUGUGAGGACCCCAACUACUGCCAGGUUUGACUCACCUGAAUCUCAUGUGGGAGUAGCAUGGCGACUGAAAAAUGAAAUCCCCAAUUCCCAUAUCCUAGACCAGUACCGCAACGCCAGUAACCCCUUGGCACACUAUGACACUACAGCUGAGGAGAUCCUGCAGCAGUGUGAAGGAAAAAUAGACAUGCUGGUGGUUGGAGCUGGCACAGGAGGCACCAUCACUGGCGUUGCAAGAAAGCUGAAAGAGAAAUGCCCAGAUUGCCAAAUUAUUGGCGUCGAUCCCCUGGGCUCCAUUCUUGCUGAGCCUGAAGAACUGAAUAAGACUGACAAGACGACAUACGAGGUGGAGGGGAUUGGAUAUGAUUUUGUCCCUACCGUGCUGGACAGAUCGGUGGUGGACAAGUGGUACAAGAGCAACGAUGAGGAGUCUUUUGCUUUGGCACGCAUGUUAAUCAGAGAGGAAGGAUUAUUGUGCGGUGGCAGCUCUGGCAGCGCAAUGUCCAUUGCUGUGAAGGCUGCCAAGGAUUUAACGGAGGGUCAGCGCUGUGUUGUCAUCUUGCCCGACUCCGUCAGGAACUACAUGUCCAAGUUUUUGAAUGACAAAUGGAUGACCCAGAAAGGAUUCAUGAAAGAAGAUGAUGACAUUAUUAACAAACCUUGGUGGUGGCACCUCAAAGUUCAGGAAUUAAGUCUCUCUGCCCCCCUGACAGUGCUUCCGGGCGUCACCUGUGAAAAGACCAUUGAAAUCCUCCGAGAGAAGGGAUUUGACCAGGCACCAGUUGUUGAUGAAUGUGGUGUGAUUUUGGGAAUGGUUACCCUUGGGAACAUGCUUUCUUCGUUACUUGCUGGGAAAGUUCAGCCAUCAGAUCAUGUCGGCAAAGUAAUCUACAAGCAAUUCAGACAGAUUCAUCUGAAAGACAGCUUGGGGAAACUUUCUCAUAUCCUGGAAAUAGACCACUUUGCUCUAGUUGUACAUGAACAGAUUCAGUAUCUCAGUGACGGCUCCUCCAGUAAGAGACAGAUGGUGUUUGGCGUUGUUACAGCCAUUGACUUGCUUAACUUUGUGACUGCACGGGAGCGGGAAAGAAGGGCCACCUAAGUUCAAGGACCACUCUGUUUGCAACAUCUUCCAUGGCAUUUUACAAUCUCUAGAAAGAAUCAUGUCUCUCUUUCUCUCUUUUCCUUCGCUAGAAUGUUCUGUCUCAUGUUUUUAUUUUUAGAAUGUUAAAAACAACACAGCUGGAAUCAUCCCGACUACUGUGAUGUAACAGCACAUCUAAGUGUUGCAGAGCUUUUCAGGAUUGUUAGCUCUCAGCCUCCUGAAAUUGGUUGACCUGGAUAGCAUUUAUAUAAAAAACAAAUGUUAGACCUCACUGAUUUUAAGUCUAAUACACUGUUAACACUUAAUUGAAGGUAAUAAAGUGAACAGCCAAGCCAUUUUGUUGGAAGCUGAGACUAGAGCAAUCUAGGAAGACUGCCUGUGAGACUGUGUGUUGUUCAUUAACAUAGAAUAAGUCAAAGACUGUGGAUUUGGUGACAAUAUGGGUAUGCCUUACCUAGUAAAACAUUUCUGUAUCUUUUCACAAUGCGAUGGUUAACUUGAAACAGGGUUGAGGUAAAUCCUGGACUCCAACUCUAGGGUUUACCUCCAGCAGCUGUUUUGAGUCAGAGCUAUCACUUGCCUUGUCUUGACUGAAAUAUGGCAGUGAGAUAGCUAACACAAGCAAGUGGUCUUACUAUAAAAGCCACACCUUUUUAUUAGUGAAGACACAGCUCAUAUCAUUUAUUUUUGCCUGGCUGAAUAAGCACAUGUGUAAACGACAAUAAAUCAAAAUCAGAUCAAGCUCUUUAAAGAGCGAAUUCUUAGCGGUUAUGGCAUGUUUGAUGCAUGACAAGAAGGCAGACCUUUCCCCUGAAAACUUUUAUCUAAGACUGACCUACCUUGAACUGAAGGUCUUACGCCUACACCUGGGUUAUACAACGUCAUUCUUUCCCGGCAGGAGCAAGGCGAGGCCCUGUAAGAUCCUUUCAUAGCAGCCCCCUGGCUCCUCAAGUUCUUCUGAACUCUAGAUGUUACUGCAGGGAAGAAACACUAGCUUCUGUGAUGUAUAACAAAACAUAAACACAACUACGACAAAAUCCUACCCUUACUUAGACAUAUAUAAUGGACUACAGGCAAUAGGGCUGCAUAUGUCUGAGAGAGGACAGAAUUUGGCCCAUAACAUUUAACUAGUGUACUGAAUACACUGUGACCAAACUUACCAGUGCCCCACUGCAGUGGCAUUGUCUGAGCCAGUCACAGUGGAGGGGAUGCUGUGCAGUUAGCUAGGUGUAACUGUAUGGAUUUCUUUUAGCUACAGAGGCUUCUGGUCUCUCAUUUGUAUCUGACUUGCAUUAGUUUAGUGUUGCCCUUUCUCAAACUGUUCAGUCCCCCUAACCCUGUACUCUGGCUAAUAGCAGCUCUCGGCCACUCUGCAGUGGUUUACAUGAUAACUCUACAGUUAUGGGGGGCAGGGGGAGAAUCUACUUCCUAUCUCUAUUAUGACUGCUGUGAUCCUCCUCUGAUAAGUUAUUUGCCACAAUAAAGCUCUCUGCAGCACAGAGUUGCUGUUUCGGCUUCUCACUCCCUCUAGCUGUAGCAGAAAAAUUCUACAGUUUACACAAAAAGCCAGACAAAAACUCCCAAAGAAACUGCAGCUGUCAAUCAACUAAAAGAGGGAUUUAUAUAUAUAUAUAUAUAUGUAUGUAUGUAUGUAUAUAAUGAAAAUACAGCUGGGUGGGGUCACCCAUCUGUAUUUUCAUUUCCCUCCUUCUUUUGAUCUCUGCAGGUCAGCAGGUCUCUUAGCCCCACAAAUGCUGUCACAUUUGCUUUGCAGUUUGAAAAUCUGCAGCCCCUGCCUCCCAAUUUAGUUUUGAACACAAACUGUAAACAAAAGUAUUAGUUAUUCUGGGGACAGUAGCCUUGCUGGCCUGGAGAGGAGAGAAAUUAAUGUGUAAUGGGAGAUGAGAGUUAAGACUGGCUUUGGAGGUUUCUUUACCUUCUGUAGCAUGACAGUCUCUAUUUUGUUUUGUAACUGCUUCUCUUUACUCUUAAAAGUUGAAUAUUAAAAAAUUUCAUCAUAAUAACAACUUCAGGCUGCUUCAUGUUAACUCUUUAAUGUCAUGUCCAUGGCUACUAAAGGCUUCUGCCUUUGGCCUCUAAGCUUGUUCAACCCAGGGUAUGAUUACCUCAACACCAGAAAUCCCCUGAAGUUACUGUUAUAACAAAGUUACACAAAGUGUCUGAAAGACUUAAAAACUCUCCCUGUUGCUUGGAGCCAGUGAGCAGUUUAGAUUGCAUUAAAGAAAUGCUCCCUUCCACUUGAUCCUGGACUGAUUUAAGUAAUUAUCUAUCGAUGGAACAGUACCAUUCGGAGGGAAUCUAAUAGACCGUUGCAUCUGGCAGAAUCGUCCCAGUCCUGAAAUGACUUGGAGAAAAAGUAAUCAAAUGCAGCGGUCUGUUCAAAACUCCCUGUGUAUUCUUUGGCAGCGGUUCUCAAACUGUGGGUCGGGAUUGCCUAAAAAUCUCUGUAUUUACUGUGCUGUGAAGACCAAAUAAGGCUGGCAGAGAAGUGUGUGUGUGAGAGAGAAACUCAAGUCUUAUGUCGAAAGCUUGAAUAGAACUAUUUUUACUGGUGGGUGUGUGUGUGUGUGUGUGUGUAUGCACCCUCCAUAUUAUCUAGAUUUUGUGAACGGAUGCUGGCUACCUUACUUAAAACUACUUUACAUAGGGAUAUUUGUUGAAAUGUUGCAUUGCAUUUGUAUGUCUUCUCUUUAAAUUUCAACCCUUUUGGUUUACUAGUGACUCUGUAAAAACAUUAGAGUUUUCUUAUAUGAAGGCAAUUUUUCAACUAAAUCUGUGGAAUUCAUCUUUGCAAGGUUUGCUAGUAACUUCAUGUGUCAGAUAAGGAUUUAGAGAGAGCUUUAAAGUUCUUUUUCCAAUCAUGCCAUUUCUGUGGCUGACUCCAGAAUUCCAUGUAUGUAGUGUAAUUGCAGCCGUGUCGGUCCCAGGAUAUUAGACAGACAAGGUGGUGAGGUAAUAUCUUGUAUUGGACCAACUUCUGUCGAUAGAGACAAGCUUUUGAGCUACACAGAUCUUCCUGUAGCUUCAAAGCUUCUGGUCCAAUAAAAGACACUGUCUCUCUCACCUUGUCUCUCCAGAAUUCCAUGUAAUUCAAUUAAUUGCUCCUGUUGGACAGACGUAAUCUUCACAGAGUUCACCACUGGGUGCUGUCUUAACCUAUAGAUUGCAAUACUGAGCUUCAUGCAGCAAGUAAUACACUGUUUUAAAUGACGUUAGCCAUUGCAGACUUCAUUCAGCGCUCUUUCUUACUGUUUAAUGUCAACAUUUAAGCUACUCUACGGUGAUUAAGGGAAGUCUUUUAUGUUUUAAAGGGAAAAUAUUCAAUACAAUGUGCUGAAUUUAUUGCACAAAAGUUCAAUGUACAUUAUAAAGAGUUCAAUAAAAGCUACUUGAGUGACUUAAAA